AUGGAGAGCCCGGCGGUAACCUUCACCCUGGCCUACGUGGUGUUCGCCGUCUGCUUCGUGUUCCCGCCCGACGAGGUGCGCUCGGCAGGGCUGACGGUGCAGAGCCUGUUGGCAGCCUGGCUGGGCAGCGAGGACGCGGCCUUCGUGCAGUACCACCUGCGGCGGAGCACCGGCACGCUGCUGGCACACUCCCUGCUGCCCCUGGGUUAUUACCUUGGUAUGUGCAUUGCUGCACCUGAAAAACAUCUUGGUUUUUUCUACCUGGCUUCGAAAGGAUGGAAAACUUUCUUCUUCUUGGCUGUUCUCCUGCCAGCAGUCACCAGUGCCCUGGCUUAUUACUGGUCACAGAAGGGUUGGAACAACCACCCGCUGGCCCGGGCACUAGCUGUCCAUGCUCUCCCCCAGUCAGGCUGGAGGGCUGUGGCUUCUUCCAUCAACACAGAGUUCAGGAGGAUUGACAAAUUCGCUACAGGAGCCCCAGGAGCGCGGGUGAUCGUGACGGACACAUGGGUGAUUAAAGUGACCACCUACUGUUUGCACGUGGCCCAGCAGCAGGACAUUCGCUUGACUGUGACAGACUCCAGACAGCACGAGCUCACCCCAGACUCCAAUGUGCCUGUGCAGUUCCUCACCAUCCGUGUUGCCAGUACUAACCCCUACGUGAAGGCCUUCGAUAUCCGGCUGAACUCGACAGAGUAUGGGGAGCUUCGAGAAAAGCUGCGUGCUCCCAUCAGCAACGCAGCAAACGUUGUGAUCCAUCAAAGCCUUAGUGAUUUAUUUCUAGAGACCUUUACGUCUCUGGUGGAAAUUAACCAGACAUACCCUGUUCCAAGCACUCAGGAGCUGGAGCCCUGCAUAGGCUGUAUGCAGAGCACUGCUAACAUCAAACUCAUCAAGAACUGCCAGGAGGCAAACGAAGGGGAGUGCCAGCAGUGCUACUGUCGGCCCAUGUGGUGCCUCACCUGCAUGGGCAAGUGGUUUGCCAGCCGCCAGGACCAGCAGCACCCGGAGACGUGGCUGUCCAGCAAAGUGCCUUGUCCCACUUGCAGAGCCAGAUUUUGCAUUUUAGAUGUUUGCAUUAUACGAUGA